CUUCCCCCCACCGAGGGCUUUUCCGGUUGUGACUGCUCCCUCCCCCCGCGCCGCAAUUUCUCUUAUCAACGAGCAAGGCGGCCAGGAUGGAUAUUGUGAAUCAGUUGGUCGCGGGCGGACAGUUCAGAGUCCUCAAAGUUCCCCUGGGCUUUAUCAAAGCUCUAGAAUGGAUAUUUGCCAUCUUUGCAUUCUCAACAUGUGGGAGUUACUCCGGGAUGUUCAAGAUGAGUGUGGAGUGUAAAAACAGGACCGAGAGCGACCUGAGUAUAGAAGUGGAAUUCGAGUAUCCUUUCAGGCUUCACCAAGUAUACUUUGACGCCCCGACCUGUAAGGGGGGUCCCCCCGAACGUCUCUUCCUGGUUGGUGACUACUCUUCCUCAGCAGAGUUCUUCGUCACCAUCGGUGUGUUCGCCUUCCUCUACUCCAUGGCUGCCCUCAGCGUUUACGUCUUCGCCCUGGAGAAGUACCGGGAGAACAACAAGGGACCACUCAUCGACUUUGGCGUGACGUGUGUGUUCACCUUCAUGUGGUUGGUCAGCUCUGCUGCGUGGGCUAAGGGCCUGUCGGAUGUCAAGGCGUCCACAGACCCUGAGAAGGUGGUGGAUCUGAUCUCAGCCUGCGAUGAGGAGGGGAACCGCUGUCGUGAAGUUCAUGACCCCGUCAUGUCCGGACUCAACACCUCCGUCUGUUUUGGCUUCAUGAACCUGGUGCUGUGGGGAGGAAACCUGUGGUUCGUCUUUAAGGAGACCGGCAUCAUCGCCCCUUUCAUGCGUGCCCCUCCUCCCCAGGAGAAGCAGCCCGCCCCGGACUCGUACGGCCAGCAGGCGGGGUACGAGCAGGACCCGUACGCCGGUUCCCAGGGGGGCUACCAGCCAGAAUACAACCAGCAGCAGCAGCAGGGGGGGUACAACCAGGAAGGCGGAGAAUACGGACAGGCCCCCACCUCCUUCGCCAAUCAGAUGUGAGGAGGAGGAGGAAGAGAGAGUCAGAGGAGAGCCUGGGGAGUGUGGUGCCUGAAAACUACAGUACCCACAAUGCCACACUCCUUCCCGUGUGUUUGUUUGUGCAUAUGUCUGUGUGCUGAGUAAAUGAGGGAGGGAGGGGAGUUACCUAAACACAAAGACGGAAGGUGAACAGGGAGGGUGAACAGGGAGGGUGAACAGGGAGCGUGAACAGGGAGGGUGAACAGGGAGCGUGAACAGGGAGGGUGAACAGGGAGGGUGAACAGGGAGGGUGAACAGGGAGGGUGAACAGGGAGGGUGAACAGGGAGCGUGAACAGGGAGGGUGAACAGGGAGCGUGAACAGGGAGGGUGAACAGGGAGGGUGAACAGGGAGCGUGAACAGGGAGCGUGAACAGGGAGCGUGAACAGGGAGCGUGAACAGGGAGCGUGAACAGGGAGCGUGAACAGGGAGGGUGAACAGGGAGGGUGAACAGGGAGCGUGAACAGGGAGCGUGAACAGGGAGGGUGAACAGGGAGCGUGAACAGGGAGCGUGAACAGGGAGCGUGAACAGGGAGCGUGAACAGGGAGGGUGAACAGGGAGCGUGAACAGGGAGCGUGAACAGGGAGCGUGAACAGGGAGCGUGAACAGGGAGCGUGAACAGGGAGGGUGUACAGGGAGCGUGAACAGGGAGCGUGAACAGGGAGGGUGAACAGGGAGGGUGAGGGACUAGAUGUUAGUUAUUGUAACUGAAAAAAAGACAGUACAUUAAGAAAAACUUGAACACAGUACCAUAAUAUGGAAAAUAUUAUUACAACAAACAAAAAAAAGAUUGAUUACAAUGUUGAUAAUAGUAAUAUAAAAAUAUUUGAGAGAAUGUAUUUGUUUGUGCUGUAUAGAUGUCACUAUGAACAAAUAUAUAGAGAAAUAUUUGGUAAUGCUAUACUAUUCUAAUGUUUGGUUUUUGAGUUUAGUAAAUAAAUAAUCGUAACAAUAAUUCUGCCAAACACUGAUUGCUCCUCCUCGCAACAAUUUGCAAAUUUUUAUUUUGGUACAACUUCUUCUUUGUAAUUUGAUUUGAUUCAUCUGCUUUUUUGUUCUGUUGUGUUUCUACAUUGCAGAGGUCUAGAGAAGAGGUUGAUGGACUAAAAACAGUCAGUCUCAUUAUAAAUACAGUGGCCAUGAAACAAAUCAAACAUGACGAAAAGAGUUAUAAAGGAAUCAUUGAUUGAUUUAUAUUUUUCUUCCCUCAGUCUAAGCUAUUUGAACUUUGUUUUGGUUGAACUUGUAAAGCCCAUGCAUUACAGUAGGAUGACAGUAAAGUCCAUGGAUUACAGUAGGAAUACAGUAAAGUCCAUGGAUUACACUAGGAAUACAGUAAAGUCCAUGCAUUACAGUAGGAAUACAGUAAAGUCCACGGAUUACAGUAGGAUACCAGUAAAGUCCAUGGAUUACACUAGGAAUACAGUAAAGUCCAUGCAUUACAGUAGGAUUACAGUAAAGUCCAUGGAUUACAGUAGGAUGACAGUAAAGUCCAUGGAUUACAGUAGAAAUACAGUAAAGUCCAUGCAUUACAGUAGGAAUACAGUAAAGUCCAUGGAUUACAGUAGGAAUACAGUAAAGUCCAUGGAUUACAGUAGGAAUAGAGUAAAGUCCAUGGAUUACAGUAGGAAUACAGUAAAGUCCAUGCAUUACAGUAGAGUUACAUUAUGAGCUACUAGAGGAUACUAUGAAUAUUCCCUCUGAUACUAUGAAUAUUCCCUCUGAUACUAUGAAUAUUCCCUCUGAUACUAUGCCCCUUAACUGUUCAUGGUUAAUUGGUGUUUUAUGCAAGUUGGUUAUGAUAGGAGUUAUGUGUAGAGUGGGACCCAGACAGAGAUAAUCAGCUGUGUGUUGAGAUGGUGUUUGUGUAUAAAGCAUUUAGAUUCUAUCCCAUAGUAAUAUAGUACUUCUCCCCCCCUCUCUCUCUCUCUCCCUCUCUCUCUCUCUCUCUCUCUC